AGUGUGGACGAUUGUGAACUGUGGGGGAUCUGCGCGGAAGAAACUUACCAGAGUGGAAGUGACUUCCAGCUCGGCAAAUUGCUGUGAUGUUUGCGCUUAGAUAUCCUGCAGCUCUGGUCACCGCUAGAUCUGUGCUAUCGGGUCUUACGACUCGUGGGACUGGUUCAUUCAAGUCACCGCUCCAUGUAGAAAAUGCCUACGGCUCAAAACCAGAGGACAUAGCGAACAGCCCUCCGCCGCCCGCAGGAACAGACACGUUCACCGGCUAUAUUCCCAUGAAGGAGCUCAUCAUAAAGCAUUGCAAAAGCAGUGGACCCGGUGGUCAAAAUGGCGAUAAAGUGAAUACGAAAGCCGAAGUCCGGUUCCAUCUCGACUCGGCGGCUUGGAUACCCGGGGAAGCUAGAGAGAGGCUCAAGAAAUUGUGCGCCAGCAGCAUCAACAAAGAGGGAUUUAUCAUUUUCUCCUCUGAACGAACGCGGAAACAAUUCCUCAACACAGCGGACUGCAUCGAUCGCAUUCGAAGCGUCGUAUUCGAGGCUUGCAAGAAACCACCCGAAAUCACCGAAGAUACGAAACUGAUGCUCAAGAAACGACUCGAGCGGGCAGCAGCGGCUCGAUUACGGGAAAAAAGGCACAAUUCUCAGUUGCGACGAGAGAGAGCUGCAUCUCAGAAUUUCUGAAGGAAUCGUUUCGCCCCGGUGUCUUGUACAUGAGCAGAACGUGUUAGGAUAUUAAAGGAAUGCGGAUUCUUCACCAA